AUGUAUAUGUGUGUAUAUGUGUAUAUAUGUAUAUAUGUGUAUAUUUAUUUAUUUCUGCUGCUAUAGGCAAACAGUUAUUCAACAUUCUGCUUUUCUAAGGUUUAAGGCUCAGUCAAAUUCUGCACUGUGAAGAUUUAGAUGUACAGUAAAAUGCUUCCACAGCACGUUAUCUAUUCACAUCUACUGGAGUUGCCAUUUCAAGUCUCGAUGGGACCGUGUUUGUAGUUGACCCAGCUGUUUGCGCUCCUCAUUCCCUGCAGGGAUGGUACCGUGGUCCCACCCAGAGCCAACUACAUCGAGGCGGACAAAUACGUGCUGCCCUUCGAGUUGGCCUGUCAGUCAAAGUCCCCCCGGAUAGUUAGCACCUCUUUGGACUGUCUGCAGAAGCUGAUCGCGUACGGCCACAUCACAGGCAAUGCCCCGGACAGCAGAACCCCGGGCAAGAGGCUCAUCGACCGGCUGAUGGAGACCGUCUGCAACUGCUUCCAGGGCCCGCAGACCGACGAGGGAGUCCAGCUACAGAUCAUCAAGGCCCUGCUGACGGCGGUGACCUCCCCGCACAUAGAGAUUCAUGAGGGCACUGUGCUGCUCACCGUCAGGACCUGCUACAACAUCUACCUGGCCAGCCGCAACCUGAUCAACCAGACCACGGCCAAGGCCACUCUCACACAGAUGCUCAACGUUAUCUUCACCCGCAUGGAGAACCAGGCUGCUCUGGAGGCCCAGGAGCAGGAGAAGGACCGGCUUCGUCUCCCCCAGCAGAACCCGUCUCCAGUGCCGGGUAAUCGGAGGUCUGGCUCCCCCCGGUCUGACCGGACGCCUACUCCAGAGCCCCAGGGGUCGCCAUCCCCGGCAGCCAGUUCUCCGGACCUCACUGCCACCGACACCACCAGCUCCACGCCCCCACCGCCAGCCCCUGACCUGGACCAGGACCAAGCGGCAGACACACCGUCAAUCAAUGGAGAACCUGAGGGCGACAGCGCUCCGAUGAAUGGAGGAGCGGAACAGGUCACGCCAUCAAGAGAUUCAGUUUUUGAAGAUGAAGGUGUGGAGACACCUCCUGCAGUAGCUGAGGAAGUGGACAAACCAGAGAGCAAUCCAAAUCCACCAGAGUCAUCGGCGACUGAGGAAGUGGAGGGAGAGCAACCGCCAACACAGGUGCUCAGUGGGACAGGAGGUGAGCACCCAGCCCACCCUGUCGAUGACACAGAAGUUGCUCCCCCCAGAGUCAGAACAGAUGGUCAGCAGAUGAACGGCAUCAUUGAGGACCGCUCUUCUGUUUCCUCCACAGAUAUGCUGGAUGCUGAGGCCCUGCAGGGACCCCACGGUGCCGCCCGGUUCUCUCACAUCCUGCAGAAAGACGCCUUUCUGGUGUUCCGCUCUCUGUGCAAACUCUCCAUGAAGCCUCUGGCCGAAGGACCUCCGGACCCAAAGUGAGUGCUUUGUUUCAUACAACCUCUAAAUGUACGAUUACUUCUACAACAACCAGUCUGCUUUACUUUAUCUCAGUCGGCCACGUUUCUGUUUUACAUCACACCAUGAAGAUAUUUUAAAAACAGUUUUUCAAUCGAUGAAGGGAAAACGCAUCCUAAAUCACCAACGCUUGUACUCUGAAAACCUUCCUUGACACACCUUUGGUCUUCUUAUAUGGCAACAGUUUGCCCAAACAAAUACAGAGGCCUUUGACUUACGCACAGGGCUUCAGCUCAGUCUCCACAGGUUAGCUUGCCCUUUUCCAUCAUGGUGUGGCUGUCGUCUCUAGUUACUGUAACAUUAGACCCUGAGCCCAUCAGUGUGAAUAGGCCAGAGUAAACUGAGCCCGGAAGAAGCUCACAAAGAAGUCAGUCUGACCUACAUUAAAUAAAUACCACGGCGGACCACCAUUAUACCAAAGUAUCUUGUGUUUCUCUCAACUUAGAGUAAACUGGAACACUAUUUAUUGAUAUGAAGGCGCAUUUAUAUAUACUGAGCAUGUUGAGAUGUGUGUGUGUGUGUGUGUGUGUGUGUGUGUGUGUGUGUGU